AUGGCGGAGUCGCUCGGAGUUCAUUUUUUCAGCAAAAAUGAUUUUUUUAUGAAGGUCGGUAUUAUUUUGAAUGACUAGUCUAUAAAAAAUCUCAGUAUUCUUUUGGUCGUAUGGAAAAUGGGCCAAUAUGGGCCGAUUUUCCUUUUUCAGUCCUGAACUAAAUAGCCUGCUAGAGUCAGCCCACUAUCUCUAAUUGACGGAUUCCUUGGAUCCUUAUCCUCCCUUCUUUCCGACCUCCACAGAGCAACGUCUUUAAAUCGUAGCCAUCUAUCGGCCUGGGGCAACCAAUCUGACAGCGUGGCCGGUGGGCCCGGACCCAAUUACUCGGUAACUGAUGCGAGCAGCAAUAGAAUUAAUACACUUAUAGAGAAAUAUUCGCAUUAAAGAACUUUGCAGGAAUAUUAAAUAGCAUGACGAAAGUGCUCCAGUCAGAUUACUGUGCGAGGGGCGAUCGCCGACAGCUUCGAGAGUCGUGUCAGGACACACGUGGGCCCACUCCCUGACGCCUCCGACGUGGCCUGUGGGGCUCGUGGCGAUUUACCCCUCCUCCCCCGGUGAGGGGUAGAUUUGCUUACUAUCCUUCCCCGGGUCUCGCCAGGAGAGCAUUUCUUACACUCCAAAAGGCAACGUCCUCUUCCUCUUCCUCUCUCUCUUUCGCCCUUCGCCCUUUGCUCGCCGCCGCCGCCGCCGCCGCCGCCACCUACUGCGGCGGACCAUGACGUCGUGGCUGGUCAGAGGAAUGAAGGGGAUGAGCCUUUCAUGUACCGUUCCGGGAUCAGAGGAAGAGUGGGCCGGCGUUGACAGCCGGGAACCGGUCGACGGCCGGGGGAGACCUCUUAAUUCUCAGCCGCCGUCGCCAUCGAAGCAGAAGACCCGCUUCCAGAAGAGCCGGAGGAGCUAUCAGCGCCAGAGCGACUCUGUCAAUCCCCUGGCUUCGACCCGUUACCUUCUCGACGGUGACGAGUCUUUUCUCGAAUCGUUCCUUGACCUCGACGCGCUUCCAGUGUGGAGCCGCAUCGACUCGGCUCGAUUCCACUCGGUUACGGGGGACGACUCACCCUCACUGAAGCCUUCUUACUCUUCUGCUUCUUCUUCGUUUUCCUCUUCCGUGGCUACUGCUCCGCCGGUCGAGUCUCCGACGGCUGAAGAAGACGAUUCCGCCGCCGGAAGAGUUUGCCCUCUCGGCAAGUCUCCGGAGCAGCGGCGGUCAUUCUUGAACGAGUCUUCCCCACCGCCGGAGACGACGACGACGACUCUUCCCCCUACAAAGGAAACCAAUUCUUCCACUGCAUCCCGAGAAGAACAGGUUCACGCAUCUCUCUCGAAUAACGGAAAUACCUUUUUAACCAGCCGGAAUUUCCUGGUUCACAUUCAAGGUAUUACGGCGACCAUCACGAUUAUUUCCUGGUUCGCUUCCUCCUGCGCCGCAGGUUGUCGUCUUGAAGGUUUCUCUCCACUGCAAGGGCUGCGCGGGGAAGGUGAGGCGGCACAUCGCCCGCAUGGAAGGUGAGAUAGAUACAUCGAGAGAGAGAGAGAGAGAGAGAGUAUGGUUAAUUAUUUUAUUACAAUAUUUAUGCUUGAUGAGCAGGGGUGAGGUCGUAUAACAUAGAAUUCGACGCGAAGAGAGUGACGGUGGUUGGGGACGUGACCCCUCUGGGCGUCCUCUCAAGCGUCUCCAAGAUAAAGAAGGCCGAGUUCUGGGCCCCCGCAUGA